UCCCCGCACCCCUCGCCUGCACAGUGGGUCGUCUGGCGCCUGUAGCAUCGUGUUUGCUGAGGGCCCGGCAGCCGUUGACUGAGGCUGCGAUGGCGGCGGCAGGCCGAGGUCGGGAGCAGGACUCGGCGCGCUUCGUCUAUGUGAUGCGCUUCGGCUCGCAUCAGUGCGGUGGCGUCCUGCAGCUGGGCGGCCGCGGAGCUCAAGGCCUUUGGGGUCAGGGGCCUGGGGCUGGCUGUCGCCAGGAGAAGCCGAGGGAAGCAACGGCGGUGGCGGGCGUCCAGGGUGGCAGCGAGCUGCCCCUCGGUUCCCAGCCCAGGGUGCCCACGACCCCUGGUGUGAAGGCUGCGACCUCUGCCACUUCCCAGCUGCUGGCGUCGAGAGUUCAGAGCGGCACCAGACUGUCGGCGCGUGCAGGUUUAAUCCAGAAGGAUGCAGCUAAAAAGUAUGAUUUUCCCAUACCAUUGAAUGAAGCUUCCAAAAUAAUGAAGAAAAAGAAAAAGGUUUUAGUAUGGAAUAGAGUAUACAAAGUCAUUUCAAGAAUGCUUGAAGAAAAUGAAAAAUAUAGACACAGGCUGAAAUGCCAAAGGUUAUCUAGUGAAAGCUCAAAUUGCACAAGGUGAAUCUUCUUAUCUUCUGGAUUAACCUAUCUUUGGAUGUUUCCCAAAGAAGAUUAUGAAGAAUCUAAAGAUGAAACAUUAAAUGAAUCAUAAUUAUUUGUUAAUUUUGAUGUGUUUUAUUAGAAUUGGGACUUUAGUAGUCGAAUAGAAAAACUACCUUCUUUAUAAAUUAAUAGUAUUUCUUUGCUACUUAAUAAUACCUUUAGUUAAAUAUUGUUACCAUAUGCAUGCAAGUGUUAUUUUCAAAAUUAAUACUUAUUCUACAUACUUUUAAAUUAACCUUAUACAUAAAAUUUAAUUAGCAUACCAAUGCAAUUGCAUGAAUUUUAUAAUUACCAGCUUUUCCAUUUUAUUAAUGAGUCUACAACUGCUGCUUUGUUCAUCUCUUCUUUUAGAUGUAACUUUUAAAUUAAACUUGGAUUCACUUAAAUUAUUUUUGGCUUCCUCUAAACUUCUCAAUUAUUUUAUGGAAAAAACCUUAGAAUUUACAUAGCAACGAUUAUUUUGGGUGUUAAAACUAAGCUAAUGAUUAUUUAAGCCAUCUUUUCACCCUAAAGAAAAUUAGUAAAUGUAUGCAUUUAUAAUAUGGAUAUAUUAUAAUGGACUAUAUUAUAAUAUGGAGUAUUUUAGGACAAUUUUUGGGCAAAGAUCAGAGGAGAUGCCCUUUACCUUGCCAGGCCCCUAAGUAAUACAUUAUUUUUAAGUCAAUGAAUGAGAGGAUUAGAAUUCUGAAAAUCAUUUAGAAGUAUUGUUUUAUAAGUCCUUUUUUUCUACUCAACGUUAAGUAGUAAUCAACUUUUACCUCCGCCAGUUUUUCUGCUUUUUUGCUGGUACGAUCUCUCUCUCUAAAUUGAAUCAAAGACCUAGGUGGAACUGGAAACUUAGGAGGGAAAGACAAAAUGAGGCUUGUUCAUGAUCAAAUUCUGUGUACUCUAGUUGCUUCUUUCCCUUGGAGUGGCAGGUACUUUUAUAUCCAGGAUGAUUACAGUGAUGACAUCCAUUCUUUUUUGGGGGCAUUGAGAGGGUGGGCUUCCUAAUUAUUUUACAAAGGUAUUACAAAGUGUUAAUAUACAAAAUUCUCAUGAAAUAGCACAAGUUGUAAGGACUGUAAAGUAAUUCACAGUUUUGUUUUUUCCUCUAAUAGUUAUAACUUAAUUACUUCAGGAGACUACGACGGUGUAGAAUUUGUGGUAACAUGAUCUUCUAGUGACUAUUUAUCAAAUCCACCUGUUUCCAGAUGGAAGGACACAGUGCCUGGGGAAAUGGCCUAGGUUUUUUUUGCCAUGUGGGCUCUCAAGUUUCCCUGCAUGGAGGGUCACACAACUUCUUUAUAUUAUGCUGGGUAAAUUUCAGGCUGCUAAAUCCUUGGGUGAAGCUUCAAAUUUUAGCUUAUGCAAUUGAAGUCCAUUGCAAAAUGAGACAUAUUUACACUGUUUAUACUGUAAUUUAUGCUGUAUAAAGUUUUGUAGUGAAUGUGAAUGAAGAUUUUAGGUUUGCUUCAAUGUAUGUUUAUAUUUAUGUGACUUAUACAACUUGGCAUAGUAGUCUGUUUCAAUUUAUUAGCUAUAUCAAUAUUUGUUAGAUUUAAAAUAAGAGUCUAAUGCUGGAUACAAACUCAGUUUAUUUCACUGUUCUAGAACCAUGGAGGAAUGAAGACUCCCACUGAAAUGAAUGUUCUAAAUAUUUGUUCUAAAUCUUUUAAUUUUUGUUUAAUAAUUUCUGGUGAAUAUGUGUUCAAUCUGUUAUGUUAAAUAGAAUAUAAUAAACAUAAGACUUUACUGAUACAUCACUGAACAUAAGCUGCAAUACUGUAACUUAUUUCUGUUCUAUAAUUUCAGUAGGGGCUAAUGACCCACCCCUGCUACAUUAAAGACUUCAGACUGC